UGGAGGGACCGAUGAACAUGGCCGACGAAAGCGCGCGCUGUCGCGAGGACAGCAGUUAAGCUAACCGGCCGGGUGAGUGUGACCAGCUUGUUCUACUACCGAGGAUCCACCCACCUUGAGGAUGCAGAGGACCGUGUCCUCACUGCCCAUUGCGCCACCUGUCAAGGUGAAGCUCAUCAGCUCAGGCUUCCAGUAUGUGGCAGAUCUGUGUGACCUGCGACCCCUACAGCUCAGUAAAGAGGCAGGCAUCUCCCAGCAGGAGGCGGUGGACGUCCUGCAGGAGGUGCGGGGCAAGCGCGAUCAGGGGGUGGCGCCUGGUGGUGGGUUGACAGCCCUGGAACUGUUCGAGAAAGAGCAGGGACUGGGUUCCAUCGUCACUUUCUGCUCGGCGCUUGACUCCGUCCUCGGGGGGGGGCUUCCUGUGGGAAAGACGAGCGAGGUGUGCGGAGCACCCGGCGUGGGAAAAACACAGCUAUGCAUCCAGCUGGCUGUGGACGUCCAGAUCCCGUUGUGUUUCGGGGGUCUCGGAGGCCACGCGGUCUAUAUAGACACCGAGGGGAGCUUCCUGGUCCAGCGAGUUGUAGACAUGGCAGAGGCGGCGGUGAAGCACUGCAGCCUGUUGGCUGAGGACACAGAACAGCGAGAGGCCUUGAAGGGUUUCACUUUGGAAACCAUCCUUUCCAACCUCUUCCUGUUCCGUUGUCAUGACUACGUGGAGCUCUUGGCAGAGAUCUACCUCUUGCCUGACUUCUUAGCCCAGCACCCUGAGGUGCGUUUGGUAGUGAUCGACAGCAUCGCCUUUCCCUUCCGCCAUGACUUCGAAGAUCUCUCCCAACGGACCCGGCUCUUGAACGGUCUCGCCCAGCAGCUCAUCCAGAUGGCCACCCAGCAUAACAUCGCGGUUGUGCUCACCAAUCAGAUGACGACAAAGGUUGGGAAUGGACAGUCCAAACUUGUGCCAGCCUUAGGUGAAAGCUGGGGCCAUGCUGCCACACAGAGACUCAUCUUGCAUUGGGAGGGUCAGCAGAGGCUUGCGUCUCUGUACAAGUCACCCAGCCACCCGGAGGCCACGGUCCCGUACCAGAUUACCGGUGAAGGCUUCAGGGAUGUGAUCACCACCGACUGCCUGAAUGUUUCUGCCGACUCGUCUGCGAUCCCCUCUGGAAACGCAUGUAAGAGACUCCGUCUUGAAGGAGACAACAGCCAUAUCUGAGGAGAGAGCAAGCUCUCCCUGCCAAGAGCACUAGCACGUAGUCUCUGCCUAUUUCCUGGUAAAUUCAUCAAAGAGGUUUCAUCUAUUCAUAUUUUUAAAGUUGAGUUCAGAAUCCAAAAAGACUUUCAUCAGUUGGUCUCAAUAUACUAUUUUUAUUUGAAAAACUGAUUAUGUGCAGCUUCAGUCUGUAUUUACAUUUUGACAUGGCCUCUUUGUACACUCUUUGUAAUGCAUUUGCCUCUGUUAUUCGUUUUUUACGGUUACGUUUGAAAUAAACUAACAGGACAAAUUAAAUAUUUUUGUUGGCAAAAA